AUGACCGAUGAUAUUAUAAAUGUUCAUCAACUUAGUUUAAUAUUAAGUAAAUAUUCAUUAGGUGAACUUAUCGUACCGAUUGAAAGAUUAACAAAUGGUUGGACAAAUUUAACAAUUAAAAUUCGUACAAAAUCACCUCAUGAAAAUAUUUAUAUUCUUCGUAAAUAUCUUCCAGGUCCAUUACGAAAAUUAUCACUUGAAAAUAUAAAAUUUGAAUUAAAUUUUAUUGCUUAUCUCUAUAAUGAACUUCAUUUGCCUGUUGCACCAAUGAUUGAUCCACCUGGAAUUUUUACAUUGAAAGAUAAUGAUGAAAAUUAUUGUGCUAUUUUUCCAUUUAUUCAAGGAAUUAAAUAUUUAGAUACACCAAAAACACCUGUUCGACAAUUAUGGCAAACAUUAGAAAUUAGUCGAUUUCUCGGUCGAAUGCAUUCAAAUAUUAAAACACAUCAAUUCAAACUUAUUUCAUCGAAUCGAUGUUCAAUUAAUUUUAUUAAUGUUAAAUAUAAACUUGUUCAUUCAUGUGAAAAUUUUCAAAAUGAAUAUCCAGAUUUAUAUAAAAGAAUACGUAUUAUAACUGAUUAUCAUACGCAAUCAAUUCCUUUAAUUUCGGAUAAAAAUCAACAAGAAAUUUUUAAAGAAAAUCUUGAAAAACGAUUGCCUAUUGGUUAUAUUCAUGCAGAUAUUCAUGAUGAUAAUGUACUUUUUUCUGAAAAUGAUAAUAAACUUGUUGCUAUACUUGAUUUUGAUGAUAUGUAUAUUGGUCCAUUAUUAACUGAUUUAUCUAUGACCUUAUGUUUAUGGUGUGGAAUUGGUUCGGAAUUUAAUUUUGAUUAUGCAAAAGAAUUUCUAAUUCUUUAUCAAAAUGAAAGGCAAAUGUUAUUAACAGAAGAUGAAUGGAAUUUAUUAGAAAUUUAUUGUUAUUUGACUAUACUUAAUCAAAUAUUAUUUGUCAUUGAAGCAGAAGAAUGUGCAAAACCAGCGAAAGAUAUGAUAAAUGAAUUACUUUUACCGAUUGAACAUAUAGCAAAAGAAAAGACAAUGUUUUUAAAAAAAAUUCGACAAUAA